GUACUUCUGAAUAUUUAUGUAUAUAUAUAUGUUUGGUCUCUAUAUGGUGUUUUAUAAAUAUAUAUAUAUAGAUGAUAAACUAUAGAAAUAAUAUAUGGAUUUGGUCAUCUCCAAUAGUAAUGAAGCUAAUCCACCGAGCAAGACAACGGUUGAGAAUAAUGGAAGUUUUAAUAGUACCAGUAAGUACUACUCUCCAUGGACCAAGUUUCUUGCUUGCAUCGGUGCCCAUGAAUUUCGAUCCCCAGAGAUGUGGAGGGCAGCAUUAACAGAAUUAGUAGCCACAGCUUGCCUAAUGUUCAGUCUAACAUGUUCCAUCAUAUCGUGCCUUGACUCAGGUGAGGUCCAUCCAAAGCUUCUAGUCCCAUUCGCAGUAUUCAUAGUAGUAUUUCUUUUCCUAAUGGUGACAGUUCCAUUAUCUGGUGGACACAUGAGCCCAAUCUUCACAUUUAUAGCAACUCUAAAGGGACUCAUAACUCUUUCUCGGGCCUCAAUCUACGUCUUGGCCCAAUGCAUUGGAUCCAUAAUGGGCUUUCUAGUAAUCAAGAUUGUUAUGAACCAAAACGAAGCAAGAAAUUACUCUCUUGGAGGCUGCAGUGUAAAUGGUCACGGUGGCGCUUCAGGGGUAAGCGCUGACACAGCUUUGGUGUUGGAAUUUGCUUGCACAUUUCUUGUGUUGUUCGUUGGAGUAACUGUUGCAUUUGACAAAAGACGGUGCAAUGAACUUGGGCUUGCAAUGGUUUGUGUCAUUGUGGCUGGGUCCAUGGCUCUUGCUGUUUUUGUGUCCAUUACUGUAACUGGACAGCCCGGCUAUGCGGGUGUGGGCCUAAACCCAGCAAGGUGUUUGGGCCCAGCAUUGUUGUUUGGAGGUGGGUUGUGGGAUAAUCAUUGGGUUUUUUGGGUAGGGCCCUUUAUAGCUUGUUCUUUGUAUUAUGGAUUGUCCGUAAACUUACCCAAUGAUGGUUUAGUUUGGGUUGAUGGAGAGCGUGAUAUUGUUAAUUUGACAAGGGCUUGGUUUAGUGGUGAGAGUGGUCGUUUUCCUAAUCUUGAAAACCAAAAAUAAUUUCAUAUAUUCUAUUAUAUAGUAUUAUGUUUAAUUAUAUUUUAUAUAAUAUUUAUAUGUAAAAUUAUAUAUGGUAUUAAUUUUGAUGAACACUUAAAUAUAUAAUUUUUUAGUAUAAGUUAAAAUUUAAUAUAAUGUAAAUGUUGUGUAAAAAUAUUAUAGAAUUAAGACAUUAAGACACUAAACCAAAUAGGCUAUAAAAGUUCAAUACUAUAAUCAAAAUUUGUAGUGCCUUUAGCUAAAGAAGCAGGCAUGCUGCUCCAUCUAUGACCAAUGAAUGAACGUGCCUCAUGUAUUUUUAUUUAAGAUUUUAUUAUCUUUUCUUUUUUUACCCUUAUUUUUUAGUAAUAUUUCAUUAUGUUUUUUCAUUUUCAAUUACUUUAUUUUAUUUGGAAGAAAAAAAUAUAUUAAGUAUAAUAUUAAAAUUGUUAUAAAUAAUAUUAAUUAUGUGGAUGUCCAAAUCUUUUAUUUAUUACUAUUAAUGUAAUCAACAUUCCAUUUUUCUUAGUUUCCCUUUUUCUUAGUUUCUUAAUAUUUGACUCUUGUAUGUGUAUAAAUAGGAGAUCACCUAUUGGAAUAAAACACUCAGAAAAUUCUCAUCUCUUCUCUAUUUUCUUUCUCUAAAUUAUAAUAUUACAUAAUACUAAUAUUUCAUAAUACGUUAUCAGCACGAGCCUCUAACCAAGGUAUGACAAUGUUUUUGUUAUGUGAUCUCGAAUUGCUUCAAAGUCAUGAUACACUAAAUAUAUAUAUAUAUGUAAAUUUAUAUAUAUACUCAUCUGACUGAAACACAUUCGAGUUAGCCAUUUUUUUUAAUGAAUUAAUAUUUAUACAAUAUAUGUCUAUGCUUAUAUAUAUCUAUAUAGAUGCUUAUAUAUUAUAUAUGUGUGUUGAUUUGUUUAUCAUAUUAUAUUGUUUAAUCUUAUUAUCUUAUUCUAUAUUGUACUAUAUUUUGUUGUAUUUUUUUUCAAAGUUUAUGUAUAUGUCUAAUAAUUUACACUUUAUAUUGAUAUAGUUUUAUCC